GGCCUUCCAAACACAUCCUGUUGGACGGACGGCGUCGAAUAGCGGGGAAGCAGAGGGCCGGGGAAGUGUUUUUCUCAACUGACCAUUCAUACUAAAAACGUUGUUUUCAUCACACAACAGAAGAGAAGUACAUCAAUAAAUUGACAAAAUGAUCCGCUUCAUCCUGAUCCAAAACCGCGCAGGAAAGACUCGGUUGGCCAAGUGGUACAUGCAGUUUGAUGACGACGAGAAGCAGAAGCUGAUCGAGGAAGUGCAUGCGGUGGUGACAGUUCGUGAUGCCAAACACACCAACUUUGUGGAGUUCAGGAAUUUCAAGAUCAUCUACAGGCGAUAUGCUGGUCUGUAUUUCUGCAUUUGUGUGGACGUCACAGAUAAUAACCUGGCCUACCUGGAGGGCAUCCAUAAUUUUGUGGAGGUACUGAAUGAGUACUUCCACAAUGUGUGCGAACUGGACCUGGUCUUCAACUUCUACAAGGUGUACACGGUGGUGGACGAGAUGUUCCUGGCCGGUGAGAUCCGGGAGACCAGCCAGACCAAGGUGCUGAAGCAGCUCCUCAUGCUCCAGUCUCUCGAGUAGACGUCCAGGGCCAGCCGGCCCGCUCACGUGUCCGUCUCCAUGGUGAUGGGGCGUCCCACUCGCGUGCACACAUGACGUGUGACGUGGUAUCUCAUCACCUGAACGCAACUUUACCUAGUUUGACAUUCUAUGGAGCAGGCUGUUUAGCCUUGCUAAAUGUGUGUUUGUGUGUGUGUCGGUGAGUGAGUGUGUGAGUGAGUGAGUGAGUGAGUGAGUGUGUGUGUGAGUGAGUGAGUGUGUGUGUGUGUGUGUGUGUGUGUGUGUGUGUGUGUGUGUGUGUGUGUGUGUGUGUGUGUGAGUAAGAGAGAGAGAGAGAGAAUGUGUGUACAUUUGGGUGCUGUGCUGCAAAGAUAGAAGACCACAACUGGACUUCAGGCCUGCCAGUGCUGACUCUGAGGCUUGGGGAAUUUUCAGGACGCCUAAUUCAGUGCGUGGGUGGACAUCUUUGCUGCAUAGCACUUAGCUGAUCUAAACUGAUGUUGUGAAGAUGUGUGGGUUUUCUCUGUGUGUAUGUGUGUGUGUUUGUUUCCAUUCAUCUCCUUCAUUAUCUGUUCAUUAGAAGCCCACCCUCUUUAGUUGCCACAUGUUCAUCCACAUGCAUUUCCUUGUUUUGGAUCAUUCUCAUGAGAAUACGCACGCUGUGAGCGGCAGGUAGGCAUGCACACACACACACACGUCCACCCCCCAAAAAUUUUUUUCUGUCGUCAGCACUACCAUAGAGGCUUAACAAGCAACACCAUGGGUGUCGACUGCCAGUAAUCUGCUCUCUCAGCCCAAAUCCCAAAUCUUCGGUGUCUUAUAUGCAAAAGCAGCCUUUACUGAGGUCAGUAUUACACAGUGACCUUUUGCUACAAUUACAGCAAAGGUUACCAGCCGGGAAGAAUUUAUUUAUUUUUUUCACAUCUCUGUGUGUGGUCUGAUUGGUUCAGCAUCAAACAACAUGAUUUUAAUGGAGGGCAAUGUUGUCCUAUUACUCGCAGACACAUCGGCACAUAUAUGGGAAUUGGGGUGGGAUGGUAAAACCAGAGGUUUGGGCACUAUUUUUUUACAAGGGUGAAAUCAUACAACCUGGAGGCUGAACAGUUUGGUGCUGCAAGACACUAUUUUACUCGUAACGUGGUUUCAUGAUAACCACCACUUGACAAGAACAGUAACGUUAGUAAAUGACUAGAAAAAUAUCAAGUGAUCUAUUGUGCUUCAUGAUUAUUGCAGUACUGUGAAGGUAUUAUUUUUGUCUUUUUUUUUCUUGUUUUUUGUAUUGCGUAUGUGUGUAGGAUGCGUGAUGUUGAUGGUGUGAGUGAUGUAUGAAAUCAAAGAGACCAUUACAGCGCUGUUAAGCUCUGUAACCCCUCACCAUUCCAAGUCUGUCUAGUCAAUCUGCUUCGUACCCCUCUAUCCAUUCAGUGGGAAAGCCACUCUUAGAUUGGUCAGUCUCCUGUCUGCCCUGCAAUUGUGGACUCCCAAGCCCAGACUUCCAGAGUCUACAGAAGCAAGCACUGGGCAGAGAAAUUAUUGCCAUGUUUUUAUUUUUAUUUUCACAUGGUAGAUUUGUGUGCUUUUGACAAAACUACCCCCACACACACAUAGGCUGCCUGAGUCUGUUUUGGGCUGUAGCACUUAUGUCAUUAAAUGUCACUGUAGAAAUAGCAUAUACAGCAGGUUCAUUAGUAAUUACAAGCAAACCUGUAGUUGCGCUUAGGACAGCCAUUGUAGUGUAUUUAGUUUGUCUUCUCAAAAUGGGCAUGGUCCAAUGAUAUGAUAAAUCAAACGAGCUAAUUAUGAUCAUUCUGAUUGGGCUAUGAUUGAGACUACAGGUCUCAAAAACAAACAUCGUAUAGAACCGACACACGACACAAAAUCCUCUGGGUAAUACUACAAAGCUACUGGCUUCUCGAAGUAAGAAGAUCUUAAGUGAUCUCAAAAGAACACGUCACUUCUGAAACAAUAGUUGCUUGCUGUAGUGUGUUUUUUUUUUUUUUUAAAAGAGAUAAGCAAUUACUCCCCUAAGUGUCCUGGGUAAGCCAGUCUGCUUGCUGUGUAGUCCACCCCUCUGCAGUGUCUGGUAGUGUCUGGCCGUUACUACCCAGCCACAUCAUGGAGCGUAGCGAGGAGUAAAGUCCGAGAUGUUAGUGGGCCAGAAGACACAACCAGCGCGGCUCAUUAGCAGUUUUGUCCACAGCACUCCACUUUAGGAUGCUGCCGUUGCCACCAUGGCAACCGCCGGUUUACUCGCAUCAUCAGAGCUGGUGUUUUCUCAAGUUACUGGCAUGACACCGGUCUUCAGUUUUAUAAAAGCGUAUGUGAUCAGUUGAUUCUUUCUUGUAUUGUUUUUUUAUGCAUUAAUGUCCCAUCUAUUAUGCAUCGUGCUGGUGUUUCAAUGGUCAACUUGUGCACAGAGUAAACGUGUGUCUGUUGUGUUGUUGCCACUGACAUCCCUAUCUAUGUACAUAUAUAUUCAAAAACAGAUGAAGUACUUAAAAGGAAUAAAAUGUAAUGUGUCAGUAA